AUGAGAUUAUCAACAUCAACUCUCGCGAGACUUGAACGAUCUCUACACAUCUGCGGCUGCGCAAUAUCAUUCGAAAACUUGCACGGUGAGGGACGCCGUGGAGGAGAAAGACAACGCAGCGAGCUAAACACAAUGGCGACGACAGCGACAACGGCGGGCGGAGCGGGCUCUGGCGGACCAGCCACCGGCCAAGCCGGCGUUAGUACCGCAGUAGGACGAAAGAAAGACGGGGGACCUUCUACGAAAUUUUGGGAAAGCUCAGACACGAUAUCCCAACUGGAGACAGUGCGACUGUGGAUUGGGAAGCACUACAAGAAGUACGUCCAGAAUGACUCCCCCUCCAGUAAGUCUCUGGGAGGCCUGGUGGUCCAGUUGCUGCAGUUCCAGGAGGAUGCAUUUGGACGGAGGGUCAACAAUCCUGCUCUUACCAAGCUGCCCGCAAAAUGCUUCCUGGAUUUUAAGGCUGGAGGAGCUCUGUGUCACAUCUUGGGCUCUGUGUACAAGUUUAAAAGCGAGCAGGGGUGGCGAAGGUUCGACCUACAGAAUCCUUCCCGGAUGGACAGGAACGUGGAAAUGUUCUUAAAUGUGGAGAAGAACCUGGUUCAGAAUAACUGUCUGACUCGACCGAUCGUCUUUCUGUCGUCGGACAUUGAGCAGAAACAGGCCAGUAAGCUCAAAGACAUCGUCAAAAGGCACCAGGGCUCCAUCACCGAGGAUAAAUCAAAGGCCACCCACCAUAUUUAUCCCUCUCUGUCCCAGCAAGAUGAAGAGGAGUGGCUGCGUCCCGUCAUGAGGAAAGACAAGCAGGUGCUGGUUCACUGGGGCCUCCAUCCUGACAGCUACGACACCUGGGUAUCGAUCAGUGAGGUGGAUGGCGAUGUGGAGGACCCUCCCAGCACUGACAGACCCUGGAAGGUUCAUGCCAAGUGGGUCUUAGACACAGAUGCCUUCAAUGAGUGGAUGAAUGAGGAGGACUAUGAGGUGGACGAGAGCAAGAAGCCAUUCAGCUUCCGACAGAGGAUCUUCCCCAAGGAGGAAGAGUCUUCCCGUACACCCGAUCGCAAGGAGCGCAAGGCCAACUCCGCCGGCAAGAAGAGGAGACGCUCCCCCUCGCCCCCCAGCACGCCUGCCGAGUCCCGCAAGAAGGGAGGAAAGAAAGGGAACCCGGGCAUUCACUGGAAGAGACGGAGCCACAGGGGAGAAGAGGAGGACACGGAGGAGGACAUGACCAAGGACCUGGAUGACUCUUCAGCCGGUGCCAGCAUGGAGGAGGGCAGCAUGUCUAAGAAUGCAAAUUCAAAGAAAGACAGUGAGAAUACUCCGAUCAAAGGAGGGAAUGUGGCAGACCUGGAUGACAUGGAGGAUGAUUCUGUCAUGUCGGGUGGAAAGGACGACGAGGACCAAAGCAAAGGAGAAAUCAACCGGCUGAUGGACGCCAGCGAGGACAAUGUGACCGAGCAGACGCACCACAUCAUCAUCCCCAGCUAUGCGGCGUGGUUUGACUACAACUGCAUUCAUGAAAUUGAGAGAAGAGCCCUCCCUGAGUUCUUCAAUGGAAAGAACAAGUCCAAAACUCCAGAAAUAUACCUGGCCUACCGAAACUUCAUGAUCGACACGUAUCGGCUAAACCCUCAGGAGUACCUCACCUCCACCUCCUGCCGCAGGAACCUGACGGGGGACGUCUGCGCCAUCAUGAGGGUCCACGCGUUCCUGGAGCAGUGGGGCUUGGUGAACUACCAGGUGGAUGCCGACAGCCGCCCAUUGCCCAUGGGCCCUCCACCCACCCCCCACUUCACUGUGCUGGCUGACACGCCCUCCGGCCUCAUGCCCCUCAACCACAGACCACCACCGAUCCCACCUCCACAGCAGAUGGCCAACUUUGCAGACAAAGGCAAAGACAAACCCAUCGACCUGCAGAAUUUCGGCCUCCGCCCCGACCUCUACAAGAAAAAUGCCAAGCAGGGUAAAGUUGUCCCCACCACCAGGGACUGGACCGAGCAGGAGACCCUCCUGCUGCUGGAGGCCCUGGAGAUGUACAAAGAUGACUGGAACAAAGUGUCGGAGCACGUUGGUUCGCGCACUCAGGACGAGUGUAUCCUGCACUUCCUGCGGCUGCCCAUUGAGGAUCCUUACCUGGAGAGCUCCGAGGCUUCCCUGGGUCCUUUGGCCUACCAGCCCAUACCCUUCAGCCAGUCUGGGAACCCCGUCAUGAGCACAGUAGCCUUCCUGGCCUCUGUAGUGGACCCCAGAGUGGCGUCCGCCGCCGCCAAGGCAGCCUUAGAGGAGUUCUCCCGUGUGCGCGAGGAGGUGCCGGCUGAGUUGGUCGAGGCCCACGUGAAGAAGGUGCAGGAGGCGGCCAGGAGCACAGGCAAAGUGGACCCCACCUUCGGCCUGGAGAGCAGCGGCAUCGCCGGAACAGCCCCAGAGGAGCCAGAAAAGACCGAAACCACAGAGCCAGAAAAGAUGGACACGGACACAGACUCCCAGCAGGCUGAUAAGGCCGAGCUGAAGGACGAGGCCGAGAAACCCAGCGAGUCUGCAGAGAAGAGCGACAAGACGGAAGCGACAGAAAAGGUGAAGAAAGAGGGAACGGAGGCGUCGGAGCGGGAAGAGGAGAAUGAGGACGCAGGCGAGGCAAAGGCCUCUCCAGCAGACAAAGAGAAGGAGGAUGCUAUGGAGACGUCAUCAGAGCAGGAGAAAGACAAAGAAGAGAAAGCAGCUACAGAAGAAGGAGAGGAAAAGAGGAAGAAGCUGGAACAUGACAUCGGAGAGGGGAACAUCGCUACGGCGGCUGCUGCUGCUCUGGCGUCUGCUGCCACCAAGGCCAAACACUUGGCAGCAGUUGAGGAGAGGAAGAUCAAGUCUCUGGUCGCUCUGCUGGUGGAGACCCAGAUGAAGAAGCUGGAGAUCAAGCUGAGGCACUUCGAGGAGCUCGAGACCAUCAUGGACCGGGAGAAGGAAGCGGUAAGUCGCAGAGAGGCA